UGAGAAAAUAAAGAGAAAAAAUAAAGAGAACUCGUCUAGGUCUUCACUCAACCGGUGUUGUAGUUCCUUCACUGUCAUCCUGGUGGCGCUGUUGCGCGCUGUGUUUCUGCUCGUCUCCUCCUCUUCCUCCUGCAGGGCCUUUCAAAAUCUCCCUGACCAACCCACUAUAACAGACAAUGUAGCACGCUGACCCGAGCACUCAGCAGAAAUACAAUUCAUCCACAGCUUUAGCCCCGGUAUUAGAUCCAAACACUAGCAGAACGGUUCAGUUUGAGUGCGAGCACUGGAUCAAACUAAUGGACUUCUAGCCGAACGGAGAGAGAGAGAGCGCGCUUAUCUUUGGUACCGCCGGGAAAGGCUGAUGGAUGGAGCGAGGGACCAGUAUGAGGAACGAUUGAAAGAGGUGUUCGAAAGUUUUGAUGGCAGUGGUUUGGGAUCUCUGAGUCCUGAAGAACUGACCGAUCUCUGCCGGGCCCUUCAGCUGGAGGAGAACACACUAAACACACUCUUACACACACUGCUGCAGGACCAGAUCAGUGCACGGGUUGAUUUUGAACAGUUUAAGGAUGUGCUGAUCCUCGUGUUGUCAAGUACAAACACAGAUGAUCCAGAAGAAUGUCUUGAACGGCCAGAUUCCCCAGAAGUCCAGCCACGCUUUGUCAAGGGCAGUAAGCGCUAUGGCCGUCGCACUGCUCCGGAGUUCAUUCACGCACACACCGAUUCACACACACAGGCUGAAGAUGAGGAGGAGAAGGAUGAAGAUGCUCAAGAGAGCGACGACAGGACUGUACCCAGGAAACGUGAGCGCUGGAAUGCUGAGAUGAGCAUUUCUGAAGAGUUUGAAGCAGAAGGUCAGAUGCACCUCUGGAACCCUGAUGAACCCAGUACACCCCGAGGCAAAGCAGUGCCACUCUGUGACUUGGAGGAGCGUUUGCAGAAUGCCUGUCAUCAGCUCUCUCUACCCCUAAAUGGCAUGGCCACACUGAAACAGCUACACGCACUCUGUCAGCGCAUUGGCAUUGAGGUGGAUGAGGAUCUGUUGCAGGGUGCUGAUGAAAGUGUAAUGGGUGUGCAGGAGUUCAUCUCAUGCAUAAUAAACCACAGCAAACCACCCACACCGUCAGUAUCUACACCCUACAGACAAUUAAAGAGACACCAUUCUACUCAGUUUGAUGAGUCAGGCCGAAGGAUCUCCUGUGCUUUGAGCAGUACAAUUGGUGUGCAGGUGUUUUCAGAUUUGGAUGAUGGAUCGGGACACGCUCCUGUGGAAACUCUGCUUUUCCGGUGGAUGGAAGAGGGAGUGGACAAUAGCUCUGAAAUCCUACAGGCUCUGGAUUUUAAUCUGGAAGGUAAAGUGAAUCUGUGUGAGCUGACCGUUGCUCUAGAGAAUGAGCUGCUGAGCACUAAGAACUCGAUCCACCAAGCGGCGCUAGUGAGCUUUAAGGCAGAAAUCAGACAUCUGCUUGAGUGUGUUGACCUGGAAAGACGUGAGAAGGAAAGGAUCCGCUUUGAUCUGGACAAAGCAGAGAAGCUGAAAUCUCAGCUGGCGUCAGAAGUGGACGACCACCACGCUGCCAUCGAACGCAACAACGAACUUAACCUCCGGAAGUUGGAGCAGGAAUAUAAAGAGAGUAUGACUACUCUGAAGGUAGAGCUAAGUAGAGAGGUGGAGCAUGUGCAGCAGCAGGCCAAUCAGCAACGAGAAGAGCUUGAACAGAGUAUUGGCAAGAUGAAAGAUGAUGAAACCUUCUUACGAGAACACCUUACUCGCACCAUUAAAGAAAAUAGUCGCCUGGAGUCAGAGCUUAUUGAGACCACAGAAAAACUGGUGGAAGCUGAAAACCAGUUGAACAAAGCGCAGAACAGUCUGGACGAUGUUUUGAAAGAGAAGUUUGGUGAUUUGGAUCCAGACAGUGCAGAGUUUUACCAGCAGGAGGAACGUCUCAGACGUCUGCGCAGUAACUAUGAGGAGCAGUGCAGGGAGCUGCAGGAUCGUAUAGACGAGCUGGAAGCUCAGCUGGAGGAAUAUCAGACUUCAGGUCACACACCCUCGACACGUCCCGGAUUGAGUCUGUCUGAUGAACUGGCCAGCAAGAGUUCAGGUUCUCAAGAGCGGCAGCCGUUAAACAUGAGUCUUGAGACAGAGAUGUUACUGGAGCAGCACCAACAAGAGAUAGAAAACAUCAGGGCAAUGGUUUAUGAAGAAAAACGCAGCGCAGAAGAGGAGAGAAGUCAUCUCUCUCUGCAGCACCAACAGGAGGUGCAGGUUUUGAAGGAGGAGAUGGCAAGAGAACUAGAGAGAGCCAACAGAUUGGAGGAGGACAUUUCUGCCCUCCAAACUCUCCACCAGCAGGAGCUUCAGUUUCUCACGCAGGAGGUGCAGGAAGCCAGAAGCCGUGCAGAACAGCUGGAAGCGAAGGUGCGAGUUCUGGAGGAGAAACAGACUGCCCAUGAGGAGCAGAGCAGAGUGCAUGCUGAGGAGAUGAGUUUGAUGGAGUCAAAGCACCAAGAGUUGCUGGAGGCAAGUCUGCAGGAGCAGAGAGAGAGACUGCAAGAAGAGAAGGAAAAGGAGGAGAUGAGGCUCACGGAACAAUGGCAACAAGAGCAGAAGAGCUAUGAGGAGGUGCUAAGUGCUCAGCUCGAAGAGAUGCAGCAGAGAACAGAACAAGAGCGCGUUGAGCUGGAACAGAGGCUCAGGGAGGAGUGGGAACGAGAGAGGCAGGAGUUAGAGGAGAGCAGUAAGGAGGCUUUGCAGGCUGUGCUGGAAGAGAGAGAACGGAGGCUCAAGGAGGAGUGGGAGCAGGAGAAGCAGGAGCUUGUGGAGAUCAGUAAGGAGGCAUUGCAGGCUGCGCUGGAGGAGAGCAAACAGAGGAGAGAGGAGUGGGAACGGGAGAAGCAGGAGCUAGAGGAGAUCAAUAAGGAGGCGCUGCAGGCCGUGCUGGAAGAGAGGUUGGAGAGGGAAAGGAGUCUCAGGCAGCAGUGGGAUGAGGAGCGGGCUUCAUUAGAGAACAAACAUCACGCUCUGCUUCUACAGCGUUUGCAGGAAGAGAGGGAACGGCUCCGAACUCAGCAGGAAGAGAACCAGAGCAUUAUAAUUGAGCAUUGGGGGAGAGAGAGGGCUCAGAUGGAGAAACAACAUGAGGAGGUGCUGCAGGCCUGUUUGGAGCAGGAGAGAGAGAGACUGCAAGUGGAGAGAGAGGAGCAAGAGAGAAGGUGGCAGCAGGUGCUGAAUGAAGAGCAGGGCCGGAUGGAGGAGGCGCACAGGGAGGCCAUGCAGGAGCUUUGUGCCAAACACAGCGAGGAGAGGGAAAGAAUCAGCUGCCUUUUGGAGAAACUACGCACAGACAUUGCAGGACAGAGGAGAGAGCUGGAGAAACAAUUCUCUCAGCGCCUUGAAGAAAUGGAAGUCCGUUUCAAUGGUGACCAGGAGGCAAUGUCUAAACGUUUUGAGGCAGAUGUACAUAAACUCGAGCAACAUUACCAAAGUGAGAUUGCAGCACUUGCCCAACAGCAUGCUGCAGACCGCGCCCACUGGGAGGAGUCAGAGGCAGCCACCAAGGAGGCGGAGCAACACUGGCAGCUGUUGAGGGAGGCGCUCAAAACGGAGAACCAAUGCCUUGAACUUGCACACGCACAGGAUAUUAAAGCUCUGAUAGACAAGAACCUACAACUUCAGGCUGAACUAGAGGUUUUUGUUAGUGCUGCUCGAACAAAAGAGAUUGAGCUGAGCCGUCAACUCAAUGAGCUGCACAAGGAUAGGGUGGAGGCCAAAGAUUUGCUGCUGGCACAAGCAGAGAACAAAGCCAUUGAGCUGGAAGAGAUGCUGAAACAGGCCGUGGAAGACUUCAUCCAGGAGCGAGCGGAGCUUCAAUCGAGUUUGUCUGCUUUGGAAAGCAGUCAAGGGGAAGUUCUUUCAAUCACUGAGAGCAUGGAGCUGAAAGGCACAAUCAAGGAGGGCGAGAAGCUCCUAUGUCAAGAAUUAAAGAUUGAGAAAAAGGCUCUGCUUGCAGAGAGAGACACACUGGCAUUGAGAGUGUUGCAGUUGGAAGAAAUUGUGUUGCAGUUGACAGGAACCACUGGAGAACCUUCUGCAGAACCCUUGGGGGGACCUUGCGUAGAGUCUACUGAAGGAAUCCAUGCAGAAUCUAUUGGAGACAACUGUGAAGAAACUUCCAAAGAAUCCACAGUACAACCCUUUGGUGAACUCAACCAAUACACCUGCACAGAAUCUACUGAUGAAGUCAGUCCAAAGCACCUCAUAUGUGAGGAGUCUUCUGUAAACAGAGAUAGUGAAGAGGAAGCAGGCGUAAUAGAUGAAGUUACUGACUCUGGGCUUGGUGAUCCACAGCAACACAGAUGCCUAGAGAUUGGAGUUACAAAUGAUAUAACUUCAAUCUCUUGUGUUGAUGAAUUAGAUAGGUCUAAUGUAGAAUCUAACAAUAGUGUAACAGAAACCCCUGAUUGUGCCUGUCUUAUAGAAGAGAAGGAAAAGACAGAGGAGAAUCUCACUAAUCCUGGAGUCGAUGGUUCUGAAGAUGCAGCAUUGAACGAAGAGUUGCAGAAUACUGGGAGGAAUAGUGCAGAGUCUCAAAGAGAUGAGACCUUAGAGAUGGCCGAGGAGGAUAUUUUGAAUGGUACAGAAAUAAAAGCUCAAAUCUUGGUUGAGAAUGAAGAUUCCCAUAACCAGGAGAGCUUGCAACACCAUGAACCUCCAAGCACAGAUGGCACCCUGAUCGAAUACAAUUGCAAACCACUUGAACAUGUGAUUGAAGACGAUCCAGAUGUUGGUAUCAGCAUAUCAAGUCUUGAGAAUGAAAUCAAGGCUUUUGCGUAUAAGGUUUGUAGCCCAACCACAGUUGACACAGAACUGGACAAACUUGCGGAUUUCAGAGAUGUGUGCAUACAGGAGAUCCUGGAUCUUCAAGAAACAGUGAUGCAGUACAGUAAAGCUGCCGAAGGCACUAGCUCCCAGUUACAGAGCCCUAAAUGGCAGUAUCUGGAUAAAGAGAAUAUCAGACAUCCAGUCCCAAAUCGUUUUGACCAAGUGGAGGACUCAAUCAAAGAUGUGCAACUUGCUGAGCUAAAGAUCUGCUUUGAGCAAAGCAUCCAAGAGAAUUUGCAGCUUGUGGAGCGCAACAGAAACCUGGAGAAGAGAGUCAAGAGUCUGGAGGGUAAGAUGCAUGUAGUCCUGGACCUGCACAAGCAGCAGGUGUCUGUCCUGGAAAAGACUGCACAACUUGGAGUGGAGUAUUCCAAACUGAAGGUACUUCUCCAGGACUUUGAUAACCAGGAUAAGCUGGCGGAGUGGGACUCUGAUUCUUCCGAUACUUCAAACAAUUCAAGCAACUCCCAGUUAAAAGAGAAGAAUGCUGCUGUAGCAGAGCCUGAAUUCUUCUGCAUGGAGUUUGAGAAGCAGAACUUGCAACUACGCAGAGAGCUUGCUGAUCUGCAGGACAAAUCUCUCAGGAUCCAUGAACAAAUGCAAGAACGGAGGAGUGAAAUUUGUCGUCUGGCUAAAGAGAAUAUCAUUCUGAGGCACAAGAUCUCAACGGCGAGGGAGGAGGACCUGAGAGAGAACCAGGAUGACCUGCGAUUACAACACAUGAAGCAAGGGAAGAGAUCAGUUCAAGCUCUCAGGAGACAGCUUUCAGAGCCUCGUCGCUUGGGACAGCAGCUGGAUGAGGAGAAUAGUUUAUUGCAGCAGAAUCCAGAUCAUGUGCUUCGACAUGCGCUCCAGGAAGUAAUGCGUCAUCAUGACAGCUCAACCAAUGAGAAGAAUGGGUUUUGUGAUCGAGAGGAGAUUGUUUCCAGAACAGAAAAAGACCUGCUUCGAUCAGAACUCAAUCGGUGCAUAGAAAAGGUCAUGUCACUGGACUCAUCUUUACAGACACUCACUCAGCAGAACGUUCGUCUCAAAUCUGACCUACGCAUCACACAGCAAGAAAGGGAUGCCCUCAAACAGGAAGUGAUUUCUUUGCACAAAAAAUUGCAAUAUGCCAAUGAGAGGUUGUUGGAGGUUUCCGUUGUGUCUGCUGGUCAGCAGCAGGGUAGGCGUGUGUGGGAGGAGCUUUCUGGGCUGAUGGAGGUGGAGCAUGCCUCUCUAACUGAGGAGAACCAACAACUCAAGCGGCAGAUGAGCGAGAUGAGCUCAGAGAUGCAGACGUCAAAGGAUCAGAUCCGCCAUAUGGAGGCAUUAAGUGUGAAACAAAGAGGACUCGUGAAAACUGCAGAUCAAGAAAAAUCUGCUUUGAAACAUGAACUGGAGGCUCUGCACACACAGCUGCUAUCAACACGAAACAAGGCUCAUCUGUCUGCAGUCUUGCCUUCAUCUCCUCUACAGUUUCCGGGGGAACAGAGAGGACAGCACUAUAGUGACGGCCCAGACUUCAACAUGCAGGACGAGCGGGAGGUGGCGCUUUUACAGAUGGAGGAAAGAAUGAGAGAAGUCGAGGUCAUGCUCCGAAACCUCAAACUGUUGCUUCAAGAGAAGGUGUCUCAGCUGAAAGACCAGUUGAUCAGGAACAGUGAGUCCGACGUGUUGAUCAAAGACCUGUACGUGGAGAACGCUCAGCUGCUCAAAACCUUGGAGAAAACCGAACAGCGUCAGAAAGUGGCAGAGAAGAAGAACUUCCUGCUAGAAGAGAAAAUUUCUAGCCUCAACAAGAUCGUCCGUGACCUCGGUCCUUCCCCUUUGACCCCUGCGCCAUACCACUUUACACGCUCCUGAUUUUACUGUAUUACACACAAGCCAUUCCAAACAGUCAAGCUACAAUAAGGACAACAAAUGCAGGUAGUCCAUAUGACUUGUGCACUAUAUUCUAAGUCUCCGAAGCCAUACGAAAACUUUGUACUGACUGAAAUAGAAGUAUUUAUUUACUGAAAAUGUUCCCUCUGCCAUACAACUCAAAUCUCUUUCCCAAUCAUUUUCAUUUCUGGGUGAACCAUUCCUUUAAAGAAAACCAUCUCUAUUGUAGAACAUGUUCCUCAUUUAAAUAAUUCUCGCUCAAGGCAUUUGCGAAACAAAGGGGUUAAGCCUGUAACUAGUGUGUUUCUUGGUUAUGAUAAGGGGGCCAAACGCGCUUGAAGUGGUUGACCAAUCACAACACACUGAUCCAGCCAACCAAUCCGAGCACAUUGUGCAUUUUUUGUAAGGAGGGGCUUCAUAGAAGCAGGAACUAAACAGUGUUACUAACAAAGUGGGAAGAGAGGAGGUGCAACAAUGUAAAAUAAGUGAAACAUUUUCUUUCAAGCAUGAAACAUAUUCUUAGUAGACCCCAAAAUCAAAACUUAAGUGCACAUGGCUGCUUUAUUUUUAUUUAUUUUUCAUUGCUAUUAAUGAUUUGAUUUGAAUUUAUAGCAGUUUCUUUUUACUGAACACUACUGGUAUAUGUCUGGUGAGUCUCGACCUUAAACUGCAAUUGGAAGGUUGUCUUAAGGAAUGGUGAAAUUCCUUAGACCUAGAGAAGCUUGUCCAACAGCUGAGGCCCCUGUGUUCACACACACACACACACACACACGCUCAGCCGCCUGUCAUUACAUAGUUUUCAGUGAAAUGCAAACAAGGUCAGUGAUUCCCUACGUCUUAGAGAAGGAAAUUAAAGGGUAAAUGUCACUGUUUAUUCCUGUUUGUUAUUUUAUGUCUUUGGGAUUGUUUAGUUAAUAUAAACCUCCUUACUUGAGAAUGUGCACCAAAAAAAAUAAAUAAAUAAAUAUAACAUCCAACAACGUUACUUUAGUUGCAGCAGGACUCUUUGCUGUGUAUUUAUAUUGUGUACCUAUUUUUCAUUUAUGAACUGUAAUCAUGCAUUAUGAGCACUGUGAAUAUGAAUAAUAGGGAAUUUAUUAAAAUAUUUAUGUGGAUUAAAAGAAACUCAGAGCUUGGUGACUUCAGGCUCAUGGUAGCCACUGUAUAAUUUGUGUGUGGAGAAGAAAAUUGCUGGUUAUGAAGUUUCAUUUCAGGCGUCUCUCAACAAAUGCCGUUUACAAGCUUUGAUGCUGUGGUGGAAAAAUGCACAGAGAUUUACAGGCAUUUAAACAUUUUGAAAUUGCUUUGAAUUUUGUGUCUUUGUGUUUUUUAGCAAUGUAACAGCCUUUGGUGAAGUAUAUAAGCUAUGCUAUACCACUAUUUGUUAUGAAAAUGACUGUAACUUACUUUUACGUGUUAAUUGUAUAACACUUGAAUGUAAAAAACAUAAAAACUUUCUUUUUAGUAAAAAAAAAUAGUUUUAGGAAAAAUUGUUGUUUGAGUGUUUUGUAUGCAUAAAUAUUGCACAUUUCUCUUUAGAAAUAUAGAUGUGAAAAUUAGAAUUUUAUAAAUAUAUACAAAUUAGUAGCCUACCCAAAUCAAGGUUUUUACUCCAUACUGUAUACAGAAUUUUUGUUAAAUCCCACAGGAAAUAAAGACAUAAACAAAG